AUGUCCGCACGAUUUUUGUUGGCACUCGUUUGCGUAGCUGAGCUGUCUUCGCUGAUCUCAGCGGGUGGCGGCGGCGGUGGUCACAAGAAAGUGAUAAUUCACGUCCCGGUGUUUGUGAAACACCAUCACCACAAGCACACAAUAGUCAAGCAUAUACAUCACAAGAGCGGCGGUGGAGGAGAUGACCACUACGAAGUUCUUGGAUACACGUAUGGGGAGCCCAAACCAGCGCCACACUUUGGCGGAGGUCACGGCUGGGGAGCAGCGGAGGAGAGUCACGGUCACGAAGACAGCCCCGUAAGCUUCGAGGGUGGCGAUCACGGUGGAUAUGCCCUCAGUGGAGACGAACAUGGAUACUGA